AUGAACAAUAGCCCCGACGAAGAGCAAAGUAGAGCUCUUCAGCCGAGACCACUCAGAAUACCAGCUUCACAACCCCCACCUUUCCCGACAUCAUCAGAACACUUGAAUGGAGAAGCUGCGCCUACAAGUUGCCUGGUUGAUUCUGGAGAAGGAGAGUCUUCGAUGCCUAUAAUCAGCGACGCCGACGCUGCUGGGGAUCCUGGACAAAACCAGGAUCUGCCGGGUGCCGCACCAACUACCGGCGAAGGCAAUCCUGGUCAGCCAGAUGAUGUUGCAUUUGAGAGCUUUCAUCGAAGCUUCACUAUCGGUGGCAAUGUAUUGGAUAAUCUCGGAACUACUCCGAGAUCAGGGGAUGGACCGUUCCCAUCUGUGGCUCCAACCGAGACUCAGGAUCAGGCACCAUCCCCGAUGACUCCAUCGCCAGUGCCGCCACCCGUGAUCCCCGAGGCUCAACUAUCGCAGCUACACGAAGAUCCAACUGUAGUGCAGGCACGAAAGUCUAUGAUGGCGCGUACAGGAGAUCGUCACGCACGAGGCAAAUUGCCUGGACCGACAGAAGGAAGGUUUGUAGCGCCAGAUCGGGGGUCCGCAGAGCCACAAAUACCAACUCCACGGAGCUCCAAACGAUAUACAAGGAAAAAGCAACGCUUGCCGGAUUUUGUUGUGGGGUACCUACGAACUGACACUCCUGCUCCGUUGAAAAGUAGUGAGCAUGUCAUCACAUGCAGACGAUGCGACAAAAGUCUAGGAGCACUCAAAGCAUCGGUGGCUAUCCGUUGCAAGGCUUGUGGGGAAGUCAACCCGGCAUCGCCUGGAAAUAGAUAUCAUCAACCACGUUUUUCAGCAGGCUAA